CAUUAAAUUUUCAUUUAAUUGUUUGUUUUUUCAGGGAAUCAUGGGGCACAGAGAAUUUGGAAAUUUGGGUCAUACGAAUCGUGUUAUUUACUUUGGCUUGUCUCCAUAUGAACAGAAGGCGUACAAAAAUGCUUUCGUAAAAGGAAUUCCAGCCGCAUUAAGACGUUAUGCAAUGCUUUUUUUGGUUGCAUCUCCAGGUGUGGGCGCAGCUAUUUACUCUAUCAAAUGGUCGAAAGCAAAAAAUCUUCAGUUGUCAAGGAAGCAACCAGGACAGUUUGACAAUGACAAAUAAACAGUUUAUGCCUCAUAGAAUUCACUUAACACAGUCUAAACUUUUUAUAAGAUUCUUCCUUUUUUCCGUAAAUUAAUUGAGAAAUUAAAAACAAUGAACAUUUAUUAUAUUCACAGCUUUACUUGAUAUUAAUCAAGUAUCCAAUAUAUUUUGAAUGUUAGUUUAUAUGUGUUAUUAAACUUAUGUAAAAACCAA